GGCGCUUUCUGCAGCAGCAUGCAUGCAUGUCCAUGGACGUCAUUUGAUUUUAAUGGCCUGAAGGAAAUUUGGCGUUACAACUCCAGACAUUAAGGCAGGAGAGGGAGAAGCAGAGAGAGAGAGAAAGAGUGAAUGGGGGAGAGAAGGAACACUGAAAGAUAUUUGUUCAAGGAUAUCUCUUCAUUUUUACAUUUUUAACCUGAGACUUCAUCAACAAGUUGUGUGCUGCCUGAGUGAAGGACUAUGGCUGCUUGCGUGGUUUUAAACUUUCUAUUCAGGCUGGAGAUGAAGAUGCAUUCCUGCUAGCUGGACUGCUUGGGGACCUAUUACAUCAGACGAAAUGACAAUAAUUAAAAUCUGCUAAAUCUGAAUCUGACACUUCCCUGUUUGGAUUCCUGCCCCCUCCAAAUCACAACUUCAUGUCGCUCCACUUUUUCCGUUUGAAAAAGAGAAGUUUUUCUAUCUGUGAAGUCACAAUUUGAGGAAUAGUGUGGUAUGACGUUCUCUUCCUUGAGAAAAUUGCCCAGGCGAGAGAUUGGAGUUGAGCUAAUUGUAGCCUAAUCCCCGGCCCAGAGGCGCUCGGGCAGCCCGGAGCGAGAAUUUUCUUUUUUAGCUCCGCUCUGUUAUUUAGAGAAGGAUUAUUGGCUUUCUUUCCUCUCAUAACAAACCACAGGGGCAGUUUUCAUUUAGGCAAAGAAAAAAAAGACAGUCAAGAGGCAGGGGGAAAAACGGGAGAGGGAUUCCAACAAGAGCGCACAUUUUUUACGCGUAUCCGAAUAAGAGCGGAGAAGGGGGGAAGGAGAUCAUCUCAUCUAUGUACAAGGAGGGAAGAAGCAUGUCACGGCUGUCUCUGACCCGGUCCCCGGUCUCUCCCCUGGCCGCUCAGGGGAUCCCUCUGCCGGCUCAGCUGACCAAGGCGAACGCCCCAGUGCACAUCGACGUCGGCGGACACAUGUACACCAGUAGCCUGGCGACCCUGACCAAGUACCCAGACUCCAGAAUCAGUCGCCUGUUCAAUGGCACCGAGCCCAUCGUGUUGGACAGCUUGAAGCAGCACUACUUCAUAGAUCGGGACGGCGAGAUAUUCCGGUACAUUCUCAGUUUUCUGAGGACCAGCAAGCUGCUCCUUCCAGAGGACUUCAAGGACUUCCACCUGCUGUACGAGGAGGCGCGUUAUUACCAACUGACACCCAUGAUCAAAGAGCUGGAGCGCUGGAAGCAGGACCGCGAACAGCGGCGGAUGGCACAGCCCUGCGACUGCCUUGUGGUCCGGGUCACACCAGACCUUGGUGAGAGGAUCGCCCUGAGUGGGGAGAAGGUCCUUAUAGAGGAGAUCUUCCCUGAGACUGGGGACGUUAUGUGUAACUCUGUCAAUGCUGGCUGGAACCAGGACCCGACGCAUGUCAUCCGCUUUCCCCUCAACGGCUACUGCAGGCUCAACUCCGUCCAGGUUCUGGAGCGUCUUUUCCAGAAGGGCUUCAGUGUGGCAGCAUCAUGUGGAGGCGGAGUGGACUCAUCCCAGUUCAGCGAGUACGUGUUGUGUCGCGAGGACCGGCGAAGUCUCUCAAUCAACACCCCUAUCAGGAUAAAACAGGAACCCCUGGACUAGAGAUAUUUUUGAGGGAAGAAGGACUGACAACAAACCCUCCCCUCCUCCUCUUCCUCCUCCAUCUUUUCACACCGUCCCCAUCUCACUGUCACCUUCCCCCUUUCUGCCCCAGCUGGACCACAGCCUCCACUCCAAGAGCAUACCUGAGUGUUAGCUGAGGCUUGAAACCUCACCAGCUCUGCUGAACUCCAUGGGGAAUGUAGGACCAAACAGAGGAGGAAAGCAUCAGCAACAAAAGUUUUUCAUUAUGUUUGAAAAAAUACCCAAAGAAUCUGUUGGACCGUUGGGUGCUUUUGGCAUCUCACAGCUCUCUGUUUUUAGCACAGAUUUACAGACUGGUUUUCCCACAACUACUUAAGAAAACAUUGUACAGCAAUCUGCACCAUCUCCGUCAUCCAGUUCUGUUUGUGUGGGACCAGUGUCCUCUCUGACUGGUGACACAAGGGGCCUGCUGUGGUCCAGAAAAGCUUCGGCAGACAGGAUGUUUUUAAGGAUGAUAAGAUAAGGAGGCCCCCAAACUCUGUGACCCCGUUAAACCCCCGUUAAACCUCAGCAGACUCAGCAUUGUUUGUUAAACCGUUUCUCGCUCGCUUUGCUGUUUUUAUCAUGACAUGGUGUAAACAAUUAUUAUUAAUAGGAUUAUUUUUAAUGUCUCUUCUCCCCCCCUUUCUCCAAAAUGAAGGAUGUACGAACAUUGUAUUCAUUAGGCUUCGAGAGCUUGCAAGGGACCGUUUCUUGGCAAAGGCUGCAGCAAUUCAGAUGUCUGCAGGCUAUGUGGCAAAAGCAAUCUGACUGGCAAGGAAAUCGGAGCCAGAAAAAGUCCCAUUGUUCAAACAGGAAUGGAAGAAAACCUUGAUGUUUCUACAUUGUUUAUAGUCAAAUGUGUUGCACACAUAAAAAAAGAAAGCAGCUCUAAAAUUUCUCCUUGGUAGCUCUAAAACAGACAGUGCCGUGAAAAAGCCCCUUUAUUGUCAAACAUACUGUUUCAGAUAAUCAAACAAGUUUCAAUAUGAGACAAAAAUAACCGGAGUAAAUGCAGAAGACAGUUUUCAAAUGGUGAUUUUAUUCAUUAGGGGCAAGAAAGCUACACAAAACAAGCAAUUAACCAUUUUUUUUUUGGUUCUCUUUCACCAGCUACACCCAGGCCUGAUUACUGGCAGGCCUGUUGAAUCAAGAGAACCUGUCUGACGAUAUGAAGUAGGCUAAAAGAUCUUAUAAAAGCAACACAUCACACCUUGAUUUAAAAAAAAUUCAAGAACAGAUGAGAAACAAGGUCAAUAACUUCUAUCACUCUGGGAAGGGUUACACAGCUAUUUCUAAGGUUUUAGGACUCCAGUGAACCACAGUGAGUAAUCAUUCAGAAAUGAAGAAAACAUGGUACAGUGGUGAACCUUAGGAGUGGCUGGUCUACCAAAAUUACUUUAAAAGCCAAUCAACAACUCAUCCUGUAAGUCAGAAAAGAUCAGAAACAACAUCUGAAGCACUGCAGAUCUCACUUGAAUCAGUCUUCAAAAUUUAACAAUAAGAAAGGCUGGACAAAAAUUGCAUACAUGGGAGAGUUAUAAGGAGAAAAUCAUUGUUGACCAAAACAACACAAAGACCCAUCUUACAUUUGUCAAAAACCAUCUUGAUCCCCAAGAUUGUAUGGAAAAUAUGGAAUAUGGAACAUUAUACCUACAGUCACACAUGUUGGUGUGCAAUGGUCAAGAGUGAAAAAAUUUGUAGAACUUUGAUGGACCCAUAAUUUCUGUUCAUUAGCAGAAGUCCUGAAGGAGAAAGUUCAGCCAUUAAGCUAAUGUGCUCUCAGGUUUUUCCGCAGAACAGUGAUCCAAAGCACAAAUAAAAUUCCCCCUCUGAAUGGCUCAAUAAAAAAGGUUUUGGAGUGGCCUAGUCAAAGUCCCGAUUGAGAUGCUGUAGCAUGGCUGUUAACAGCCUGUUCAUACCCAAAACCCUCCAUUGUGGCUGAAUUAAAAUAAUUCUGUAAUGAAGAAAAUCCUCCGUGGUGAUGUUAAAGACUCAGGGAGGUACCACCAGUAAUUACAUUUAGGGGUAACAGCUUAUUCACACAAUACCAGAAGUAGCACUAAAUGCAAAAACUGCUUUUUGCAUUUAGUGCUAUCUGUUUAAAACUACUUUGCUGAACUGAAACACAAAAACUGACAAAAAAGAAAAAAGAGAAGACAUUUGUAAGGGGGUAAAUACUUUUUCACAGCGAUACAUCUCUGACUGGAUUGUCUCGUGUUUAAGUUUUUGAGCUUUUAUAUUUAAAAUUCAGGAGAAAAAAAAGUAGUUGAGUUUCGAAUGUGAAACAACUGAGAACCUGCGAAAGCUGACGUUUACCAGUGCGUCUCGUGAUCAGCAGGAGAUGUACUUUAAAUGUUUGUUUGCACUUGAACAUUUUUACCCCACUCCAGAGGAAUCGGUUGAGACCAGCAGGCAGCAUCAAGCCAAGCUGUUUCACAUUGAGGUGGAUGGUGGGAUUAAAGUACUGAAAAACAUGGAGAAAAAUUAAGCAAAUGGAGGAAACUGUGCCGGUUUUGUUGAUUGUAGAAGCAAAGUAAAGACUUUCUUUGAGCCACGUUGCAUUAUUUAAAACCGUAUGAAGAAUGCAAACAUUUGAUCCUCUAAGUCCUGACAGUUCUGUUGAGAAGCCCGUGUUUGAAUAUUGUCUCUUCUGAGUCCAGAUAACUUUAGAGAUUGUUCACAUAUUACAUAAAGCAGAACUGAAACUUCAACUGCACUCCCAGCAUCAGUGUGUUGUUCACAAGGAGGCAAGUUGGCGGCGUUUUGGUCAGUCCUGCUCUUUUUCUUUUGCUCUGAUUCUCCGCCUGUCUUAGAUCAAAGUCAGAAGCAAGAAAGUUUUCAUGCUUUUUAUUUGUGUAUAACUUAACCAUGCUGUUUCUUCAAUAACAAAAGCCUGAGUUAAAACAAAAAAAGCAGCUUGCUCUAAACUUCAUUGGUGCUGGCAUUUACUUGAUUUAAAUUUAGCUUGUGUUUCUCGUUGUUCAUUAAACUUGGACUCUGCUGUCCGAACAGGAGAAGGGAGUGGACGAAGUUUCUCACAAAAACGUUUUUUGUUCUGAUUUGUUCCUUUUGGAUCCAGUUGCCUCAAAAGGAAUGGUCAACCAUGUUUUUUUCAAGUGAAGAUGCUUGUUGGGCCCUCUCGCAGAGCUCCCCCAGCUCCCUCCUGCCUCCCCAUUUACAAAAUGCCCUUCUACGCCGGACCACACCGCAACAAGCCAAAUAGACUGAUGAGUCAAAACACAAGCUGGCUCAGAACAUGCCAGGCAACUCUACUCUGCAGCUGACCUUAACGCACUUUGAUUGAAACUGAUUUGUGCUUCUGUGAAAUAAGACCGAAAGCAACUCUCAUUAUUCUUUGGGAGCUAAAAUAUCUGAAUUUAAAAAGAAGAUACUAACCUUUCGACAUCUCGACAGAUUUGGAACAACUCAACAGGACUGGAAAUUUUUAGGACACUUGUCGGUGCUUUUCAGAUGAGGCACUAGUUCAUUUCAGGCGGUCCACUUGGCUUUCACCCCUCCUCUGAGGCGGUUCAGUUUGUACAGUUACUGUGUAUUGAAUUAUCAGGACUCAUAGGCUUUAUGGGACCUUCAUGUUGUUGAGAGAUCUCAAAUCCACUUCUCAGUAAAGAAUGAAAAGAAAAUUCUGAACAUUACAUUGUGUACAUAUGGAUUAAAAAAACACAUUUCAAAGCGUAUAAUAAGGUGCAAAUGUAUAUUAUUUAAAGUGUUUAAAACAAUUAGACUGUGGUAUUAAAGGGCAUGUGUUCAUUUACAGUGUCUCCAUUUGACUUUUCUUGCAUAUUUGCGAUAAUAAAAGGAUGUACUGUAUAAAUUAA